AUGUCGAAGGAGGUUGUGAAGGCUAUUAUAGGUUUUGUUCCUCCUUCUCACAUGAUUAAUGAUCAAAAGGCUUGGACUAAGGAGAAAGUUUUGUUGCAGUUGAAGAAAUUGAAGAAUAGGUACAAGGUUGUUUCUAAUAUCCAUGAUUGUAUGCCUCUGUUUUAUUUCUCAACCUCGUGGAUCCAGACCAUGAGAUGGAUGCCUAGUGUUGGUUUAACUAAUAUGCUCUCUAUCUGUGACCAGAGACUAUAUGGUUUUGUCAUAUGCUUUGCUGUUGGAUUAACUUGUACGCUAUUGAUUUUUCGGUUAUCACAGGCCUUGAUAUCUAUUGAUCCUGCCCGUGCAAGGGAUGAUCCUGUCAUAGUGAAAAAUGUCCCUUACUAUAAGGCUAAGAAGGCUCUGGAGACCGAGGUUAUGAAGAUUGAUCCUCCACCAAGACCGCCAAAUUGCGGUGAGCUUGACCUUCCAUUGAAUGCAUCAUCUUGGAGUGAGGAGGAUCUCAAAGAUCCAGAUAAGUUCUAUGAAAUGAUUGCUCUUCUUAAUGCCCAAAGAGAAAUCUCUGAUAAGAUCUUGGAUGCACAGUGGGAAACUAAAUGGCGUCAGGACAAGUUGAAUGAGAUGUUGGAGGCAAAGGUGAAGCCAUACAUUCAGGAUAUAGACAAUGUAGUUCUUCCUGAGCCUAUUUUAUUAAAGCCACAAAAUCAGGAAAAGGGAUUUAUUGCAUCUGCCCUUAAUUAUGGACUCAUUACAUGGUGA